UUUAUUUUGAAAACUGCAGACAGGAAAUGCUGUUUGUUAGGGGCAAUCGAGGUACUUCUCAUUGGCUUGUUGUCGUACCAUGCAGCUAGCGUUAGCUCGUUAGUUCAGGCUUACUCCAUUUAAUUAAGCACAAUUUAUAGCUGACAAGGGGUCCAGUGACGGAAGCAACAUGUUGGUGCCCAUAUUCACUCUUAAACUUAACCACAAGAUUAACCCUCGCAUGGUAACUAUUGGAAAGUUUGAUGGAGUCCAUCCAUGUCUUACUGCAGCUACACAGGCUGGCAAGGUUUUUAUUCACAACCCUCACACACGUGGUCAGAGACCUGUAGCUCAUCGACUCAGCCAGAGCACCCAGGAUUCUGACAUUUCUCUGCUCAACAUAAACCAGGCCGUCACUUGCCUGACGGCAGGAACAUUGCGACCAAAUACCACAGGGGAUACUCUGUUAGUUGGCUCCCAGACUAACUUGCUGGCCUAUGAUGUCCAUGACAAUGCUGAUAUAUUCUACAGAGAGGUGACAGAUGGAGCCAAUGCUAUUGUGUUGGGAAGUCUCGGGAGCAUCCCAACUCCACUUGCAAUCAUUGGAGGGAACUGCGCCUUACAAGGCUUUGACUUUGAGGGCAAUGACCACUUUUGGACAGUAACUGGAGAUAAUGUUAGAUCUCUGGUGCUCUGUGACUUUACUGGGGAUGGAAAAAAUGAGCUCCUGGUAGGAUCUGAGGACUUUGAUAUCAGGGUAUUUAAAGAGGAUGAACUUGUGUCUGAAAUGACUGAAAAUGAGACAGUAACUUCAUUGUGCCAUAUGCAUGGCAGCAGGUUCGGCUAUGCUUUGGCUAAUGGCACCGUAGGAGUCUAUGAUCACACCGCUCGCUAUUGGAGGAUCAAGUCUAAAAAUCAUGCGAUGAGCAUACAUGCCUUUGAUUUGAAUGCUGAUGGCGUUGUGGAGCUAAUCACUGGCUGGUCCAAUGGAAAGAUUGAUGCUCGCAGUGACCGGACGGGCGAAGUUAUUUUCAAAGACAAUCUAUCUAGUUCUGUGGCCGGAGUGGUGGAGGGAGACUACAGGUUGGACGGACAGAAACAACUCAUUUGCACAUCUAUAGAGGGAGAGGUCCGUGGUUACCUUCCAGCCAGUAAGGAACUGAAAGGGAAUCUUAUGGACUCGAGUGCUGAACAGGACCUUGUUAGAGAGCUCAGCCAGCGCAGACAGAAUCUGCUGCUUGAGCUACGUAAUUAUGAAGAAAAUGCCAAGGGUGUGGCUGAGACAAAUAGUGGAAUGGGCGUCAUACCAGCUAACACUCAACUCCAGACAGCGCUGUCAGUGAGACCUGCUACAGAGGACCAGAAGGCUCAUGUUGAACUGAGCAUUUCAACACCAAAUGAAACGAUCAUUCGCGCAGUGCUCAUCUUUGCAGAAGGGAUAUUUGAAGGAGAGAGUCACGUUGUCCACCCCAGUGCCCAGAACUUGUCAGGCUGUAUCAGAGUGCCCAUUGUUCCUCCAAAAGACAUACCAGUAGAUUUGCACAUCAAAGCAUUUGUUGGAGGGAAAACUAGCACCCAGUUUCAUGUGUUUGAAAUCACUCGUCACCUGCCACGUUUUUCUAUGUAUGACAUCACCACUGACUCCUCUGCCGCUCCACCCACCGGAUGGGUUACCUUCAGCAUCAGUGAUCGACCACAGAGGGUGGUCAUGUGGCUGAAUCAAAACUUCCUGCUACCAGAAGGGAUAGACAGCCCUGAUGUGACUUUUAAUUUACUAAGAGGAGGGGGACUGUUGUCCAUCAGCAUGGCCAGCAACGGACAGAUGACUCUAAGAACAGAUGACAUUGACCUGUCAGGAGAUCUGAUCCAGUCACUGGCUUCCUUUCUAGCAAUAGAGGACUUGUCAGCAGAGGCAGAUUUCCCAGGAUACUUUGAGGAGCUACGCACUACACUCACUGAGGUAGAUGAGUUCCACUCCGUCCAUCAGAAGUUAACUGCAGCUUUGGCUGACCACUCUAAUUACAUAAGGAACAUGCUGGUGCAAGCAGAGGACGCUCGCCUUAUGGGUGACAUGACAACAAUGAAGAAGCGUUACAGAGAGCUGUAUGAUCUAAAUAGAGAUCUUAUCAACGAGUAUAAAAUCCGCUCCAACAAUCACAGUGCCCUGCUGGCCUGCCUCAAGUCAGUGAAUCAGGCUAUACAGCGGGUUGGUAGACUCAGAGUGGGUAAGCCCAAGAACCAAGUAAUCUCUGCCUGUCGAGACGCCAUCAAGAGCAAUAACAUCAAUGCACUGUUCAGGACCAUGAGAGCUGGCACUGCAUCUUCCUGAUGGUGAAAGAAAGGGGAUCCAAGAAUAGAGGAAGAGAUGCACACAAGCAUAGUCGACACAAGCACUGUAACACUGGAUAUACUGCAGAAUCAUGAGCCUGGUGCAGGAAUACAACCUUGCACUGUGUAAUUGAGACGCUGUUGUAGCCUUAAACUAACUAGCUGUUACAUUUGACACCAGCUUCUUCAAACAUAACAUUCUGCAAGCACAAAAAUAUGCUGAGCACAGAUUUAGUAUACUGGGGAAAAAAGUUAGUUUAGCUAUGUGGCUUUUAGGACUGUCAACUGUUGACAUUAGAGUAGAGGUUAGCCGCCAUUAAAAACUAAACAAUUUCUAGACUACAGCUGGACCAAAACUGGGAGUGGCGUUUCUCAAAGGCGAUGAAACAAAAAUUGCCUUAACAUGGUGAUGCUGGGGAAAAAUGGAUUCUAACUUUGAUUUAAAAGGUCCAAGAUGUUAAGAAUGUGUAAUGGAAGUUCUAGAUUAUGUUGCACGGUUGUCAUAAGAACAACUGCUUCAGCAAUGAUUUGAGUGUCAGCAUUCUGCUUAAUUCAGCUGACACGUGAUGUUUAGAGAGUGCAUACCUAGAACAAAACGGAGAGAGCAGCCACCGCUCAUAUAAGAGCCGUGCCAGUGAAUUCACCAGUGGCCCAGAUCACUGUGUAGUGACAGUUCACUCAGACUCAGGUCUUACCGCCGUUGUGUGUUUGCAUUUGUUUAGCCAAAGAACUAUAAUAAAUGAACAAAUAUCACAGACUUACACUGUGUAUAUAACUUAUUUACGUUUGUAGUCUGAGCACAGCUUGUAAUUGUUUGUUUGUGUCAGAAACUGUUUUAAAAUUGUUUGGGUUGUGUAACUGUUGAUUUUGUUGUUGUAAUCAAAUAAAACUGAUUUCUUUUCAGAAAA